AGUUAUGUUCAUAAAAUGAUUAAUAUGGUAUAAAACUGCUCCUUACUGGAGCCGUCCGUCCGACUGACAGACAGGACAGAAUGGAGACCGAUCAGAAUUCAACACCAUGAAGUUUAAAAAUGAAAGUUUGAUUUAACAGAAUUUAUUCACCUUUAUUUCAGACAAUAAAUCUAUGUCAUUAAAAAAGAAAACUCAUAGAAAGACAUGUAAACAUCAACCUUCAAGCAGAACUAUAGCAGAACAUCCACCUUGUGUCACCAUGUGUUCCAGCACUCAAUUAUUCAAUUUCUUGACUCAUUCAAACGACACAUAAACUUCUAAACAUCUAGCUGCAGACAGGAACAGCUGGGACAUUACUCAAGACGUCCAUCUUGGAAGCCUGAGGAAGAGUGUGAAUGCUUCCUGAAAGCCACCUUCAGACCACCUGAGUUAAAUAACAGUUUAAAAAAUGACCAGCUAUGUUUUUGGGAAAACCUGAAGGAUAUCUCUGACAUCUUAUUUUUGGACCUGGAACUGAGAUACGUCCACAGAUGAAAAAUACAGAAAAUAUAUAAGUAAAUGUGACGUUUCUGAGACGCAGUGAAGAUCUUAUGCACUGUUUUUUAGUGUAGGAUCAGAUCUGAUUUUCUGGAUCAUUGUGGUUUUCAAAUGAUCCUUAUUUAAGGUGGUCUAAGUGUGUUUUUAGGUUUUCAUAAAUAUAACAAAGGUUUAAGAAAAAACAUAAAAACUUUGAAAGCGUUCGGACUAACUGAGCAGACUUGAUUGUUGUGGUUUUUAACAUGGAUUUAGGAGACAUGUGAUUGAUUCUCAUUGCCUGUAAAAGUGGUUUAAGUUUUAAAAACAAUAAUGCAUGUUUUAUUUUAUAAAUUAGAAAAAUCUUUUGGAACCACCUUUAAUUUUCUGCUCUUUAAAUUUGAGUUAAUUUAAGGUGGUUCAGAAUAAAUACUGCAGUUCUUAAUCCUGUUAGGUCCAGAUUACUUUCCAAAAACCCAUCAACUGGUAACUUUAUCAUAUUCACUAUAAUGUCUGUCUUUGUGUUUUCACAAACAGAAUAAGGUUCUGUUCAGAGAAGAACUGACCCAUUUGAGUAUUGUACUUUUUGAUCCUGGUCUGACUCAAACUGUGAAAUGUCUCUUUUCUCUGACGCCACUCUGUUCAGCAGGUGUGAAUGGUUGAAAUGUUGCUGCUGCUCGUUGAUCUUCUGCAGUUUGUCUUUAUUGAUGCAAAGAUGGAUCAGAUCAGAGAAAGUUCAAAGUGCGUUUUGAUCGCUGAUUGGUGGCUGAUUGGUCGCUGAUUAAUGGCUGAUUGGUCAGUAGUCAGACCGAGAUCACUUCAUUCACAGCAGGAUUAUUCAAAGAUCCGGGAAGACUUUCAUCUGAGUCAACUUCUUACAGAUUAAUAAUGAAUCAGAAAGAAACUGUUGUCAUAGAAAAGCGUAUCUGCUGCAAACAACAAUCAGUUUUUACUGUUUAAAGUUUCAGUAGAGAUCACGUGUUUUCACGUGUUGAGCGUUUUAUCUACCGCGGAACAGACUGAAUCUGUCUUCUGGAAUUACCUGGAGUGUGUCGCCGCCUUUAGGCCGCGAAGAAUCCCUGCAGAUAAAGUUGUUAAAGUUUAAUAAUAACCUCUAAAAACAGACAUGAGUACACCUGAAAACAGCGUCCGUCUCUCUGUCAGCCUUCAAGGAAUAUCUGCACAGAACUAAUAUUUUAAUAUAAAUCCAGAACAUUUUUCUGUGGAUCUCUGUUUCUGUUGUUUUAAUUAAAGUAAAAACUGAAGGUGUUAUUCUUUUCCUUUUUCAUCAACCUUUAAAACUUUGCAACAACUUUUUGUUUCUGUUUUGGCUCUGAAGACAAACCAACCUAGAAAUUUAUUUUUUUAAGUCACUUUGACUUUUUCAGCUUUCUUUCUUUAUUUAUUAUAUUAUUGUCUUUACAUUUUCUUUCGGUCUUUUAUCAUUAAAAUAAAAUGGCGUUAUUAGAAAAACAGUACAAGCAAGUUUGACAUGAAAAAUGUUUUGGUCCACCUCUGAAAUGGUCCUGAAGCUUCUAAUAUUAGAGUCUCUGUUGUAAAUCUCCGAAUAAAGAUCAGAGUGGCUUAUAAUGAAGUUUAUAAAGAAUAAAGGGAGCUGUUAGAAGCUGAAUAAGAUCACAUAUUAAAGGAUCCGUUUUUAGUCCCAUCUGAAACCAUCAGAUUCUGAUGGUUUCAGAUGUUCUGAGGUCAAAUCAAAGUCCAGACCUCCUCUGAUGUCUGACUGAACUCUAAGCAUCAAACAGCCUCAUUAACACCUUCAGAGGUCUUCGUGGAUCUGGUGGGGGUUCCUCUGCAUAAAACCGGACCUGCACAACCCACAGGUCACCUGGAGCAGCCAGAACAUGGACGGAAGCAGAAUGUCCGAUUUCAGCAUCGAGCGCAUCCUUUCCCCGCAGCUGGGCCGGAAACAGUUGGAGCCGGUACCGGACGGAUAUCUGUGGGGGUUCCAGGGCGGGUUCAACCUGAAGUCAAACAGCUCCUGGGUUCCCGUCAUAUUUCCUGUGCCGGUUCCGGGAUGCCUGCAGUACCGGGGGAUGUUCUUCGGAGACGGGUUCUGUCCGUGCUCCCCCGCGUUUCACCAUCACCACGCAGAGAUCAGCUUCUGCUCACAUUGGAGUCCAAACAUUGCAGACGUUUCUGAUGCGACCCAGAACGGGUACCAGCAGCCCGGUGGCCCGCUCCAGUGCCGAAAGAAGGCCCGGAUGAGGACGGUGUUCACCGACAGUCAGACCAAACAGCUGGAGGCGCUGUUCGAGCUCACCGACUAUCCGGCGAUGGAAGCCCGGACUGAGUUGGCCCGAACCUCUGGGCUGAGCGAGGAAACCGUCCGGGUUUGGUUUAAAAAUCGCCGCGCCCGGAGGAAGAGGCAGCGCAGCAGGUCAAAGGUCAAAUCACCGUGUCCGUCACCAAGCAACAUUGCCGCAAAAGUAUGGUCUAAGUCCACUCAUGGUCUGCAAGGUCAGCGAUGAGUGUGAGGACUCUUGGGUUGACCGCAAAGAUCUUCCUCCUCUUGCUCAGCUCAACUUUUGUUCCUCUUUCCGGAUUUAUUGAAAAGAAA